GGACAGCACAAUCAUCACGCAAAGAAUAUUGUCAAUAUAGAGAUAAAAGUGAUAAAUUACAAUGGAAGGAAAAGAAUUAAACGAUGAGAAAACUGAUUUACAUGAGGUCGAAUUAUUUCUUAAAAAUAAAGCUACAUGUUGUACAGAAGAAAAUAUUGGCCAGGUUUUAUCAACAAACUAUGUAAUUGUGGAACGCAUACUGAAUUGGCUUGCUGGACUUGACCUGAACUCGUGUGCUCAGGUUUGUAAACUGUGGAACAAUGUGUCAAAAACUAUCAAAAGCAGGCGACACAAUCUAUAUUGGAUGUUUCAGGUUUCAACCCACAGUGACGAUGAUGAUGAUAUUAUGGAUGCCCACAUCAAUUCGGCUGAUCACAAGCAAGUAUAUGCUUGUGUUAGUAAUAGUGAGGUUGGUGCCCAUUUUCAUAGCAUCCUUAAAGAAGCUUCAGCUGAACCCAAGCUGGGACUGAUAUUUUGCAAUGAUCGCUUCUUCUUCAAACCACACCACUAUUUUGUGGAUUUUAAUGUCAGAAGCACUCACCGUCAUAGAAAAAAAAAGAAACCUGAGAAAAAAGAAGAAUCUAAGGUACACCAGUCUCAAAGAAUGAAAUAUAAUAAACCAGUUAUGAACUUCUUGGCAAAAAAUUUUCCCCCCUCGUGCUAUCUGUUAGGAUGUGCUGUUCCAGGAAUAGUGGGGACCCCUGUCAAUUAUUCAGCACCAGUGGAGGCAGAGACAUGCCCUGGAUUUUCAGGAGUAUUCUUACCAGACAUUCCGGGAGUUUAUGUCCACCCUUUCACGGUCACGGAAGAUGAGCAGUUUUUGGCCAGCUUCGAUAAACGUAGCAAAAACCAAGUUCCGAUGAAAGACGUAUCGCAGAUUAUUGGCAUAUCUAAUGACACUGAAGUGAAAUGUCUUUUGUUGUUCGUUAGGGAAGUUCUAGAAGAUAAAAGCCCUGUCCAUACACUAAUUGAACACUAUCUUGUAAAACAAGAAAGAAACAUUGCCAUUGGAGGAGCCGUGGUUCCUGAACUUGGAUUUCCUUACUCAGUAAAAAAUAAAUCCCGUGUCAUUGCAGGAGGUGUAGCCUUUAGUGGAGAGAAUGUUCUGGCUGCUUCAGUUCUUAUCGAGGAACACGUAAAUAGCAUCAGCGAUCUGGAGGCUAAGUUAAGAAAACUAAAGACGUGCAGUAUCCCAGAAAAAAAAUGUGUUGCCUUUAUGUUUGCUUGUUGUGGGAGGGGGACUUUCUUUUACCAGAGGUCAAAUGUAGAAGCUGAAAUUUUUCAUAAGGUCUUUCCAAAAGUGCCUUUGUUUGGACUCUUUGGAAAUGGUGAAUUGGGCAUCAACUAUUUUCCAAAGAAAACAAGUAAGAAAAGAAAUAUAAACUCUACCCCUACGGGAGUUAGUGGUAUAUCUUGGCUUCACACUUACACAACAGUAUUUGUACUGUUAUCCUUUGAAAACUAAAGAUUGAAUAUUUCUUCCAUAUUACUGACAGCAACGAGCUAAACAUCUGAAUGAGUUUAAAAAAUAAUAAAAUAGUUAUUCAAGUGCUACUUCUAUAAUUUCAUUGAACUGGAAAUAUUGUUUAUUUAGUGCAUAUUUAACAUAAAAACUUUAAUUUUUUUUUUCCACUAAAACAUUUCAUUCUUUUAAUGUUUAUUUUUUUAUUUUAAAAUUUUAAGCAAUUUUUUUCAAAGCAUUUGAUUAUCAAAACAAAAAUAUUUCAACAUAUAGGUUUUAGAAUUUGAUUGAACACCAGAUUUCUUUUUUAUCUUCGCUUUUUUAUAUAAGUAAAAACAUAAACUAAGCCUAAUGUAUGAAUUCCUAUAAUCCCAUGCUUUCAAAAGGUGUGCUUUUCUCCUUCAGGGGCAAACGGGUGAGUUGCCCUUGAUAAAUAUAGGUUCACCUUUCAAAAGCACUAGGGGGUUAUAGAGUUUCAUAAUUUUCUCAAUAAUUGAUUUUUUGAACCUACUUGUUUUUGUAAUAUCAUGAAUACAGAAACUAAGUUUUCGACUUGUAAUUCUUGCCAAUAUUGUAAACUCUUUAAAUUAUUUAGUUGGAAAGUCUUAAUGCAUUGUUAACAAUAAAGUAGAAGCCUGUUUCUUUGAACAGUGUUAGCAUCCCUAGUAACUUUUGGUAUUCACCCACUUUUUAAGUCUUUUAGUUAUUUUAUUAUCUAGUUGUCUGAAACCUAGCUGUCAGUGCAACUUGAAGUGAGUGAUAUAAAACAUGUUUGUGUGGGUGUUCAUAAUUUGAAGCUAGAGCUUUCAAAAAGAACGUCAUGACAGGGUAAGGUAUUCUUUCAAUAAAUUCACAAUUUUUCCUGUCAUGUCAA